AGCAUAGAGAUAGGAGAGGCAGAUUUUCCAUUAGAGCCGCAGCUCUUUGUGUACAGGUGAGCUCGCAGGUCAGGGCAGAGUCCAGCCACGCAAAACUUUUUUGAACACAGAUGUUUUAAUUCAGCUAACGAGGACAAAGACUCUUCGUAAAUAACCCGUAAAAACAAAAGUGGAGUAAAAGAAAACAAAAGGAUCCAGGAAAGACCUGAUCAGAUUCUAUCUAUCAGUCAGAUUUCUCAAUAAUCUGGUCAAUAAAUCCUGCUAAUUUUAUUCCACACAGGUUUACAACUGUGAACUGUCACCAUCCACCACCUCAACAGAUCAAUGCGGCUGUUCCUGCUUCCGUUUUUUAGAGGUGGGCGAGGAGCUCCGGAGGCAGCUGAGAUAGUUCGGGAGGAUAUUUCCUAGAGUUAAAGAUAUCUGACCUGGGAAGAGCUCCCAGGAGAAGGUGGAAACUGGCCGCGCUUCAGACAAACAUUGGAUGGUGAAUAAAUAAAAACAAGAUGACAAUAAAAGAAUAUUAAUAAAAGAUCAAUAAAAUAAAAUUGAUCCUCUAAUUAAGCGUGUUUAUUGGUUUGAUGCUAUGGCAGAGUAGUUCUAUUGUUCCAUAUGAGGGCCAGCAGUUUCCGUCUCUUCUAUCGUCCUCAGAUCUACAGCUGACGAAGCCGUGAAAUAUCGCGAUGCUGUGUAGUAUCGUUAGCCCCCGCGCUCAGAGCCUCAGAUGGAGGAGCAGGUAGCCAUGUUGUAGCCGCGGAGCGCAGUAGAGUCAGCAGACACAGACCACCACCACCCCCCCACCACCCCCGGAGGACGGUUUCUGCUCCGCGUGCACUUCACACAAGAAGCCUGUCCGUUUGUCUGCUAGAAGCUCCCAGUCACGGACAGCACCAUGAGCGGCGGGACCCCCUACCUCGGCAGCAAGAUCAGCCUGAUCUCCAAGGCCGAGAUCCGCUACGAAGGCAUCCUCUACACCAUCGACACCGAGAACUCGACAGUGGCGUUGGCUAAAGUUCGUUCGUUCGGCACUGAAGACCGGCCCACCGACCGGCCAAUUCCGCCUCGGGAUGACACGUUUGAGUACAUCAUCUUCAGAGGCAGCGACAUCAAGGACCUGACUGUGUGCGAGCCACCCAAACCCACCUGCUCGCUGCCCCAGGACCCCGCCAUCGUCCAGUCAUCUAUGAGUGGGAUCCUCCAGCUCCUCGUCCGCCGUGGCGCCAACCCCGUUCCAGUCUGCCGGUUCCUACGGCCUCUUCAGCCGAGCCCGGUCCCUGCCUACAGCCAGUUCAACAGCAGACCGUUGGUGUCACCGCAGCUCGGUGCUGCAGGUCGAACCAGCCCCGGUAGCCUGGACCCUCUGAGGAAGAGUCCGGUCCUGGACCAGGCAGUCAGCUCCGUCCCUCAGCCGCUACCAACUGCACCGGCUCCCGGCCUGGGACGCAGAAGCCCCGCCCAUGGCCGCACAGCCUCCUCAGGACAGAGCAGCCAGAAGGCGCAGCAAUCACAGGACAGCGUGGACAUGAGGAGAGCUGCCGCGGGUGCUUUGUCUAACAGACGUGGCAGAGGAGGCGGUCACCGCGGCAGAGGACGCUUCAACGUGCGCCGGGAUGGCCCAAUGAAGUUUGAGAAGGACUUUGACUUUGAGAGCGCCAACGCGCAGUUCAACAAGGAGGAGCUGGAGCGCGAGUUCCAGAGUAAGCUGAAGCUCCGAGACGAGAAGGCCGAGAAGGCACUCAACGGCGAGGAUAAAGGCGACUCUGGCGUGGAGACUCAGAAUAGCGAGAGCAACGCCGACGACGAGUGCGACCCACUCGGGCCCAACUGCUACUACGACAAGUCCAAGUCGUUCUUCGACAACAUCUCCUGCGAUGACACGAGGAAGACGAGCGAGCGGUCCGGAGGGUUGGGGUUCCCGAGGGAGCGGAGGCAAACGUGGGCGGAGGAGCGGCGGAUGAACGCUGAAACCUUCGGCAUCCCGCUGCGUCAGAGCCGAGGACGCCAGGGCUACCGCGGCCGCGGCGGGACAGGUUAUCGCGGUGGGCGGGGUCGCCCGGCCAGCCGGGGCUCCUUUGGGCCGCCGCAGGGAGGCGGUGGCGGCUACAGGGGAGGAUACAGAGGAAACCAGGCCGGCCAGGAGUUUGCCGACCUGUCGGCGUACCGGAAGGACGACAAAGUGGCAGCAUAGUACCGGCGGGAGGAGUCGUUGGCACAGAGGCGGAGCUUCUUCACAGGAAGACGAGUAGUUGUUGCUGUUUUGUUAAAAAUAAUGAAGUUGUGUAUUUGUCACCAGCACCGGUGUCGAUGCUUGAUGCAGCGUAACCUUCCAUAUCUGUCAGCAGCGGCGGCGAGAAACCCUCACAGGCAGCCGAGGGUAGAGUAUUUGCGAGGUGUUUCUGUCAUGCCGUCUGUGAUGACUCGUCUGACCAAUGCCUGCUGACAUAGCUAUACGGGCACAGGGAUUUGGACUUUCCUCUAACUUCAUCGCCGAAAUGGCCGCCAGCUUACUCCCACCUUUGUAAUGUGUAUUUUUCUACUGCUGCGUAGACUUCCUGCGUUCUUCUUCGUUGCCGACCCACUCGCCCUCAUGCGUCGUGACGUCUUCUCCUCGGACUCGCCGUUUCUUUCCCGCGUUUCCUUUGGUUGUCACAUAGGUUUGGCGUUUCCUCCCUCUGUUGCGGUCUCACAUUAGCGUAGCCGCUGGCGUGCACACUUAACUGCUGUUUCUUUUUCUCUUUUUUUUUUUUUUUCUUCCCGGGUCACACACUAACCGAAAGGUCAAAGUUCACCUUUCUGUCGCCAUUUUGUUUUUCUCAUUUCUCUGAGUUGGAGGCGCUGGGGGUAUGUACGGAGGACGUUUAAUGCUUAAAUUAAUCUGCUUCCACAGAUUCAUUCGAAUUCCAUACUUGUUGUAUGGAAGGUUUAAAACGCCACAGUUUAGGAAAUAACUUGUAGAUGGUUCACUUCCUGUUCCUUCAGCGUGUUCCGUGAUCAUAGUUCAGGAAAGACGUCAAAUAAACUUUAUAAAGAGUGAGAAAUGAAAUCUGCAGCAGCAUGAAGUGCUAUAAAUCUUUAAAUUCUGACACAUUAAAAACGAACUAAAUCAGGUGUGAUAUUCGAUGUUUGCUGUCAGCUGUGUGUGGCGUAAAGACGCGUACAGAUGACUGAAUUCAGAUUCUGACACAUUAAAAGCAGACAAACUGAAGCUUUUUCCUUUUUCUUGUUUUAGGCGUUUAAAGUCUUCCAUAGCCGAGUGCGUUUUGCACUUUUCUAAUCGUUAACUCGUUCGUACACUAAAUAACUCUGCGCUACAUUUACCCUGAAGCGCGAGCCCGUAGCCGCUGCAGGAAGUGAUGUCAAGUAGAACAAGCACGAGCUCGCUGUAGCGUCGUAGGUUAGCAAUAUUUUAGUAAGAACCUGCCCAGAGUAUAAUGUGAGUCCUGACUCCGCCCCCUCGCAGCCAGGCACGUGCAGUGUGACCUCAGAGGAUGCAUUCAGGGUUUCCUUGGCGGCAACCACAUCCUCUCAGUUUGAUUCUCGCUGCUGUGAUUGAAAACGGGUUGAUGUAGCCGGCGUCCAAUCACAGAGACGUGAAGAA